CGCGCGCCAUGCGCCAUGAGGCGCAGUUUUAACCCCUGCGCUACGGAAAAGAGCUGUGGCGAGGCAAAUACACAUGGCGGCGCCAUUCUUGCGCCUUCGCCAUACCUGCGCCUUCGCCAUGGCGAUGCGACUGCCUUUUCUAAAAAAAGGCCGCGUCUUUGAGCUGUAAGUUGUGGCCUUUUGGCCCAUAAUUAUCUGCGACCCAUUAUAACCAUAAAACUGUAACAAAAACUUACUAUUUUUAGCCCAUAUUACUAACUACAACCCUAAAGUCAAUAAACACAACAAAGUCAAUAUCCGGAAGUUAAAGCUGCUCUGCGCAAGAAAGGGUAUGCGACAAACUACAGAAAGGCAAACGACAGAAAAGCUGCUCUACACAUGACUCUCAUUGACUUCUUCCAACUACACAAGAGGUAACCGAAGAGGCAGAGCCACAAAGGAUGUCUGUUGCCUUUGCUAAGGAGUUCUGUGAGAAAGUAAAAGAAAAAAACAACAAUGAAUUGCGCUGCACGUACUGCGGGCACGUGACUAAAGGUGGAAUUACAAGGUUUAAACAACACUUGACUGGGAAGCACCGCAACACAAAACAGUGUGAACUCAUUCCCGCUGAUAAGAGGGCUGAACUACAGGCGCUAGUCUUGAAAGAAUCUGCUGCUAACUCAGAAAAAAAUGUGUGUGAACAAACGUUUCGAAGUACAUACACAGUACAGCAGUCUGGUGGGUCAAGUGCCAAUAGGGUGAAUGGAGAUGAUGACGUUGAGAUAACUGGUUCUCAGUCAAAUGCAGAGGGAGGUGGUGUGUCUGGGCCUAUGGAUAAGUUCGUAUAUCCAACAAAAAAACGUAAGGAGGCAUUGACACAAUCAACAAUCCCAUCACACUUGAAGAAAAAAGAGAGGGAUGAAUAUGCUCAAAGCCUUUGUUUGUGGUUUUACAGGAACAACAUCUCCUUUAAUGUGGUUCAUGACCCUUUGCUGAAAGAAACACUAGAAAAGAUUGGCAGGUUUGGAGCCGGGUUUAAAGCACCAACGUAUCAUGAAGUGAGGGAGACGUUCUUGCGAAAAGAGGUAGCCAAAACAGAUCUGGUGGUCAGUGAGCACAAAAACUUCUGGGAAUUAGAUGGCUGCACUAUUAUGUCAGAUGGGUGGCAGGAUAAAAGGCACAGAACUCUAGUGAACUUGUGCGUGAAUUCUAGCAAGGGGACAGUGUUCAUGAAAGCCGUAGAUGCUUCAUCUUACAAGAAGACCGGGGAAGCACUUUUCAAGCUCUUUGAUGAGUGGAUUAAAGAAAUAGGUCCUCAAAGUGUGAUACAAGUUGUGACCGACAAUGCUAAAAAUUAUGGAUUAGCGAAGAGGAAAAUAGAACAAAGAUAUCCACAUAUCUUCACAACGGGAUGUGCAACUCACUGUCUUGACCUUGUUCUAGAAGACUUUUCAAAGAAGAUGCCGAUAGUUAGAAGAACUGUGAAGACGGCACAAGGGAUUACUACCUACAUCUAUAGCCAUACCCUUGUUCACGACUUGAUGAAGGAAUUUACCAAGGGGAGAGAGCUAGUUAGACCUGCUGCCACCCGCUUUGCCACUAACUUUCUGACUCUUCAAAGUCUUCUCACGCAGAAACACGCAUUGAGGCAAAUGUUUGCUUCACCGAAAUGGUAUGAAAGUGAGUUUGCAAAAACUACGGAAGGUAAAUCUUGUUUUGAGUCGAUUUAUCGUCAAAGCUUUUGGAGAAGUGUUGCCUAUGUUAUGAAGAUUUCUUUGCCCGUAGUGAAGGUAUUGAGAAUUACUGAUGGAGAGGUGCCUCCAAUGGGCUUUAUUUAUGAGGCUAUGGAGAGAGCGAAAUUGGGAAUAAAAAACACAUUGGGAGGUAAAGAAGAGAAAUACAUGCCUCUUUGGAAGAUAAUAGAUAAACGUUGGAAUGAGAACCUGCAUUCUCCAUUACAUGCAGCGGGGUAUUAUCUCAAUCCUCAAUUCUUCUACCCUAAUUCACGGCGAAUCCUCGGAAAUGAAGAAGUAUGUGAUGGCUUUAUAAAGUGUGUGGAGAAGAUGUUGCCCACUAGCAUUGGAGAGAGUGUAGAGUUCUCAACUGAGAUAUCAAACUAUACAAAUGCUAGAGGAAGUUUCCGAACUAAUAUGGCAAUGAACAAUAGGGACAAACAACCACCGGUUGACUGGUGGCUUGCAAAUGGCUCCUCGUCUCCCACUUUGCAACAUCUUGCUGUUCGGAUCCUUAGUUUAACUUGUAGUGCUUCUGGA